AUGUUUAGUUGCAAUAGCAAUAACGAUCCAAAUAAAGUUGAAAUCAUCUAUGAAAUUUAUUUUGCUCCCAAUUUAUCACAUGUUGUAUAUGCUGACAUAAGUGAAUCAGGUUUAUUUCAAGAAGAAGAAAUUCUUUUUGAUCUCGAUUCAACAUUCCAAUUAAAAGACAUCAUACCAGAUGCAGCAAAAUUUGAUCGUUUCGUUAUUCAACUUUCUGCUACUGAUCAAAGUCGGUUUCUAGCCGAAAAUUAUAUUAAUCUCAUUAAUCGAGAAUUACAUCAACAUGCACCUGAAUUACUAUUUGGAGAACUACUCAUUGAGAUGGGUAAUACUGAUAACGCCAUUGAAUAUUUUCAACGAAUAUUGGACCAAUCAAAUACACAGCUACCAGGUAAGCCAAAUCAUAAAUUUUAUAUUUCACAGUGCUUUCCUGAAUAUAUAUUAUAUAUAUUAAGUUAA